AUGAAGGGCCUCAACCUGCUCUGCUGCUGCGUGGCCUCGCUGCUGCUCCUCAGCACCGCAGAGCCGCGCGCCCCCGGCACGGGCCAUGCUGACGCUGCUGCCGAGAGCCCCCUGCCAGCCACGGAGCCCCGGCUGGAGGAGAAGGCAGCUGAUGGCAGCUCUGAGGAGGAGCAAGAUGGUGGCACCGCCAACACCUCUGUGCCCGGCACCACCGAGGAGGGACGUGGAGAGGGGGAGGAAGAGCCAGUGGGCGGCCUGAGCGGGGGCCUGGGGCCAGGGGACAGCCGGACAGAGGAGACCAGCGAGGAGCAGGGCCAGGAAGAACAGAGCUCAGGGGAGGAUUCCACGGCAGCUCAUCAUGGAGGGAACCAUGGGCCUGGCACACAAGGUGACAUCCAUGCCCAGAAGGAUGAGGAGGCUGGCGUGGAGAAAGGARGCUCUGUGGAGGAAGGGCAGCUUGGGGAAGAGCAAACAGAGGAGUCAAGAGCAUCUGCUCCUGAGGGAGAGGAGGAAAGGGAUGAGCAGAGCUCAGAGGAAGAUGAGCAGGGAGAGUCUGAGGAAGGUGAACAUGGGGAGUCUGAGGAAGAUGGAGGCAAGGAAGAGUCUGAGGAGGAGGAGGAGCAGGAGGAGCAGGAGGAGGAGGAGGAGGAGGAGGGAGAGUCUGAGGAGGAGGGAGAGUCUGAGGAAGAUGGUGAUGGGCCAGAGAAUGAAGCUGAGGAGGAGGACAAGGAAGCAGCCAGCACUUUUAACAAAAAGAGCCACAGCAAACCAGCAGCUGCUGGCACAGAAGAAACCAGGAAUGGCCCUGCCAGCUGCCAUCAGCCACCCUGUGGGGAUGCAGCAGAAGACCCACCAGCAGCAGAAGAUCCUCCAGCAGCAGAAGACCCACUGACAGCAGUGCAAGAUCCACCAGCAGUGGAAGACCCAYCAGCAAAAGAAGAUCCACCAGCGGUGGAAGACCCACCAGCAAAAGAAGAUCCACCAGCAGCUGAAGACCCACCAACGGGGGUGGAAGACCCCCCAGCAGCAGCAGACCCCCCUGCAGACAAGCCCCCAUUGGCAGAAACAGAGGUCCCCAGCACCUCCCCAGCCAGCACCGAGCCCCGGCACAGGCAGAUAGAAGAGGUUGAAGAUGCCAGCGAGCCAAUCAAGCGUGACCGGUCCCACUUGGAGAACACCCUCAAGCUGAACGAGGAAAAACCUGCCGAUGAUGUCUCAGGAGUACUGCAGCGGCUGAGGAAGAUCUACCACUCCUCCAUCAAGCCCCUGGAACACUCCUACAGAUACAACGAGCUGAGGCAGCAUGAGAUCACAGCUUACCCCGGACGCACCCUGGGCUCCUCGGCCACAGAUGGGGAGAUCACUUCCAAGCCUAUGGUGCUAUUCCUGGGACCGUGGAGUGUCGGCAAAUCCUCCAUGAUAAACUACCUCCUGGGGCUGGACAACACUCCGUAUCAGCUGUACACAGGAGCUGAACCCACCACCUCUGAGUUCACUGUCAUCAUGCACGGCCCCAAGCUGAAGACCAUCGAGGGCAUUGUGAUGGCUGCUGACAGCGCCCGCUCCUUCUCRCCCCUGGAGAAGUUUGGGCAGAACUUCUUGGAGAAGCUGAUAGGGAUUGAAGUGCCCCACAAACUGCUGGAGCGAGUCACCUUCGUGGACACGCCAGGCAUCAUUGAAAACCGGAAGCAGCAAGAAAGAGGUUACCCGUUCAACGAUGUGUGCCAGUGGUUCAUUGACAGAGCUGAYCUCAUCUUCGUUGUCUUUGACCCCACGAAGCUGGAUGUGGGCUUGGAGCUGGAGAUGCUGUUCCGCCAGCUGAAGGGCCGCGAGUCUCAGAUCCGAAUCAUCCUGAACAAAGCUGACAGCCUGGCUACCCAGGAGCUGAUGAGAGUCUAUGGCGCCUUGUUCUGGAGCUUGGCUCCUCUCAUCAACGUCACGGAGCCACCUCGGGUGUACGUUAGCUCCUUCUGGCCCCACGACUACAACCCGGAAACCCACAGAGACCUGUUCCUCAAAGAAGAGAUAUCGCUYCUGGAAGAUCUCAACCAGGUGAUUGAGAACAGGAUGGAAAACAAGAUUGCCUUCAUCCGUCAGCAUGCCAUCCGGGUGCGCAUCCACGCCCUCCUGGUCGAUCGCUAUCUWCAGACCUACAAAGACAAAAUGACCUUCUUUAGCGAUGGAGAACUGGUGUUCAGGGACAUUGUGGAAGAUCCUGACAGGUUCUAUAUCUUUAAAUCCAUUCUGGCAAAGACCAAUGUCAGCAAAUUUGACCUCCCUAACCGCGAGGCUUACAAGGACUUCUUUGGCAUCAACCCCAUCACCAGUUUUAAGCUGCUGUCUCAGCAGUGUUCCUACAUGGGAGGGUGUUUCCUAGACAAGAUAGAGAAGGCCAUCACCCGUGAGCUUCCCGAUCUCUUGGGAAGCAUCGGCUUGGGGAAGAAGCCCAAUGUCCUCUCCUGCGACGUCACUGGCUGUGGCGAAACCCCAAAGAAUCGCUACAGGAAACCCUAAGGUGAUGCACAACCCAACCGUCCACAUGUUCCUACUGGUGAAUGAGCUUAUGUCUUAUCUGUCCAAGAAGCCAUGGUUUGUUAACCCUUUGAGUGCCGUGCUGGCAAAGGCUACCGUACGAUGAGGACUUUGAGUCAUUGACAUCGAUGGCAGGGGAAGAUGGGUGGGCAUAAGAAAGAGAAUAAAAACUGUGAAUUCUUGACAUUUUAUCUUUGUUCUUUCGAGUAGAAGGCAAUGUUUAAGCUGCAAGUAUGAGCAAUGCACGGGCAGGACUGUAGCUGCUUUUCCACUGGUGCCAAGAGUGCAUGAAGAGGAAUUUCAGCCUCUGCAUCCCCGAAGCCACGAGGGAGCAAAAACAAGGGCACGGCGUGAGAGCACAGGGGAGAGCAGUGACACACUAACCCAGGCAUCACUGGGAGCACUGGUUGAGGAAAGAGAAGCAGUGUCCCAGCUGUUGUUUUCAGGCACAAACCUGCUACAAAUCUCAGCAAAUAUUGAUCUUGUUUUUCUUUCCAAGACUUCUAGGUCACCUGGUGAGUUCUGCUUUUACUUAACAGCUCAGUUGAUCUUCUGCAGCCUUCAUGUGGGUGUUUGACUUAAGAAGGAGUGUUUGCAGGGGCGUUUGUAACUCCAGACAGGCAGCUGUGAUGGGAUUUGCAAGUCUAUGUCAGAGGAAGAAACAGGAUGGAAAGAAGCAGCCAGCACUGGCUGAGCGGUGCUGGAGGAGGAGGGCCAGCACUCCAAAUCAGAUGGUCCCACAAGGACAUGUGAGCAGGGUUUCCUUCCCCUGGACCAGCACAGAAGAAGGCACUUCACGCCUACGUGUGUCACUAACCUCAAAACCCACACCGGCAAGUCUUGUCUGUGGACCAGCAGGGCUCUAAGGGUGAGGGUUUGGCAGUUUGCCUUUGUUCAAGUCCAUGUUGCUCUUUUCUCAGCCAGCCCUCCGUGUUUUCRCGUUCUGUGGAGGGAGGCAGGAAGCGGGGUCAUUGGCUAUGAAGUUAAAAAGGUCACAUCCUUAUGCUCACCUGCUGAUCUGUCCUCCCCAGGACAGUCCAGGCAGGUUUCUGGGGCCUGCUUUCCAAACUCCUCCCUUUUUAGCCAUUUGUUGGCUCAUCUCUGAGCAUCGGUGCUCAGUCCUGAAGGAGUAUUGUUUUGGAAGCACCCGAGUAGGGUGAGGUUCCCCAUGGACAGCUGACCUUGAAACCUGGCCCUCAUGGAGAGCAUGACUGUCUGCCAAACAGGAGAUAGAUGCUGUCCUGGAUGGAGACUGGCACUUUUCACCAAGGACCUGCUGAAAGUCCGUUGUCCUUCCUCCUGCCGAACACCCACAAGUGCUGCUCUCCAAGAAACCUCUGAAGAAAAGGGACUUAUAUUUGACAGAAGCAAGAGUACAUGAAGGUGCUGGCUGAGGCAAAAAAAAGGCUAAAGGAAUGAAAGAGGGAAAGAGAGAGUUGGGAACGGGAGGCUGUGUURUGAUGAGGAGGGUGUGAAGGGCAGUGGUCCAUGUCUGCAUGUGUGCACCAGGAUGUGAGCUAUGGCAGGAGGCCUGGGAGAGCUCCACAUCCCGCAGGUGCUGCAAAGAAGAGGUCCCCUUGAGUCCAGGUGAGUUUAGGGGGAUGCGGCCCCAUGGACUUGAAUGGUCCUGGCCUCUGAUUCAAGGUAGGAUGUUACAUUUGAACUAAUGAAGCUGAGACCCAAAUCUACAUCCAAGCAUGGUGCAGGACAUGGCUCAGGAAGAGGGAUUUUGCCUACAGUGCCGAGGCAGCAGAGGUGCAAGGGAAGGUAAGCAGUGUCAGAGAGAGCAGCAAUCAGAGCAGUGUGGAGAGAAGGGAUGUGCUUUUAAGUACUGUGAGGUCUCAAACCUGCCCCAGUGCUGCUGCUUCUCUGCUGCCAGUCCUUCUUCCUUGUCCAUGAUCCUGCUGCUCAUCAGUUUCCCUCUCCAUUUCUCAUUCACUCUCUUCCAUCGCAUGGGUCUGCAUGCRUUUUCAAGAGCUAAUGGAAUAGAAGCACCAACAGAAACAGGCUGAUGCUGUCACUGUUCCUGCUGUCACACCGUGUGUCACUGUCACAGAAAACAAAGGCCUUUAAACAUUUUUAUUUGCAAGCACUGUAUUGCACCCUCUCUUUCUUUGUUCCUCUGUCCCCCUAAAGCCUGUGGGGUACCCAGGGCAAGGCCCCUGUCCUACAGGAAGUAUUGUCCUUGAAGGCACUGUUACUCUGCUCUCAGGCCGCUCCCAUCAUUCUCCCCAUCCUUUCUCUGGCUUCCUUUUACCUUGCUUGAUUUUUCAGCCUUCAUUGCCUCCUCUCCUCCCUUCCUCUGCCCUGUAGCACUUGCUCAGUGCAAAGCCCUGAUGCCUAUGUCCCGGAUGGGACUCUCCUGUGACAACCAAACCCCUUYUGCUCCCGGAUACGGUUCAUUUGGGUUCGCUUUCCAAAGCCAUGGCAUUGGUGGUCUGUUUCCUGCUCCCUGUGACACACACUAACCUGGCUCCGUGCUGGCUCAGGGCGAUGCCACCACUGAGAUGCUUCCUCUCCCAUGGAUUGAAGUGGCUGUCAGUCCCAAGAGGACUGCAGUUCCCAGCCCAGCCAUCACUGAGUUUUCUCAGGAGACCUCUGGGAAUCUGGGAAUGGAAAAAUGGAGAACAGGGAGACAUUUUCAUUCUGCUGAGAAAUCCCAACCUCCCCAGCAUUCGGGGGGUGAACAUGUUUCCCAAGAGCUUMGUGGGAGGGAGGGAGCUGGGACACAGGCCCUGUAGAUGCCCGUGAUCAUGUGCAUUGAGAUAAAACUGUCAGCUUGAACAUCAGCCUGUCUAA